GCAGCGGCAGCAGCCCGCCCGGCCCGAGCAGCGGGUGCAAGGGAGCCGGCCUCUUUCGCUUUCUCGGCGGCGGAGCUGAGGCGUCGGCUGCAGCAUGGCGGUGGAAGAAGAGGGGCUCCGGGUGUUUCAGAGCGUCAGGAUUAAAAUAGGAGAAGCUAAAAACCUUCCUACAUAUCCAGGGCCAAGCAAGAUGAGAGAUUGCUACUGUACUGUAAACCUGGACCAGGAAGAAGUUUUCAGGACCAAAAUAGUGGAGAAAUCUCUAUGCCCCUUUUAUGGAGAAGAUUUUUACUGCGAAAUUCCACGGAGUUUUCGUCAUCUGUCAUUUUACAUUUUCGAUAGAGAUGUUUUCCGCAGGGAUUCAAUCAUUGGAAAAGUUGCAAUACUGAAGGAAGAUUUGCAGAAGUACCAUAACAGGGAUACCUGGUUUCAACUGCAACAUGUUGAUGCUGAUUCAGAAGUACAGGGAAAGGUCCAUUUAGAAUUAAGGCUGAGUGAAGUCAUAACAGACACUGGUGUCGUUUGCCAUAAGCUUGCUACACGAGUUCUAGAAUGCCAAGGACUACCAAUCGUGAAUGGACAGUGUGAUCCUUAUGCGACAGUUACCUUAGCAGGACCAUACAAAUCAGAAGUCAAAAAGACUAAAGUUAAAAAGAAGACAAACAAUCCACAGUUUGAUGAAGUGUUUUAUUUUGAGAUUACCAGACCCUGUGGCUAUAACAAGAAAUCCCAUUUCGAUAUUGAAGAUGCUGAUGAAGUUGACAAGAUGGAAAUCAGAGUUGACCUUUGGAACGCAAGCAACUUGAAGUUUGGAGAUGAGUUUCUAGGAGAACUAAGACUACCUCUGAAAUUUCUCCGGCAAUCCAGUUCUUAUGAAGCAUGGUAUUUUCUGCAGCCCAGAGACAAUGGCAACAAAUCCCUGAAACCUGAUGACCUGGGAUCCUUGAGGCUGAAUGUUGUUUACACAGAAGACCAUGUUUUUCCAUCAGACUAUUACAGCCCACUUAGAGAACACUUACUAAAAUCUCCAGAUGUUGAGCCUGUUUCAGCAUCUACUGCCCAUGUGCUGGGUGAAGUCUGCAGGGAAAAACAGGAGGCAGCCAUACCUCUGGUUCGACUCUUCUUACACUAUGGCAAAAUUGUGCCUUUCAUUAGUGCCAUUGCCAAUGCUGAAGUAAAAAGAACUCAAGAUCCAAACACCAUUUUCAGAGGAAACUCAUUAACUUCCAAGUGCAUUGAUGAAACCAUGAAACUGGCAGGGAUGCAUUACCUUCAGGUUACACUAAAGCCAAUUAUUGAUGAGAUCUGCCAAGUCCAUAAAUCAUGUGAAAUUGAUCCUGUGAAAUUAAAAGAUGCGGAAAACUUGGAAACUAACAGGGAAAAUCUUAGACAGUAUGUAGACCGGAUUUUUACGGUUAUUACAAAAUCUGGGGUCAGUUGUCCUACUGUCAUGUGCGAUAUCUUUUUUUCAUUGAGAGAAUCAGCUGCGAUACGUUUCCAAGAUGACCCAGAUGUUAGAUACACAGCAGUAAGCAGCUUUAUUUUUCUGAGAUUCUUUGCACCUGCAAUUCUUUCUCCAAACCUCUUCCAUCUUACACCACAUCACCCAGAUCCACAAACCUCAAGAACUUUGACACUGAUUUCCAAGACGAUACAAACAUUAGGCAGUUUAUCGAAAUCUAAGUCUGCCAGUUUCAAGGAAUCUUAUAUGGCUAUAUUUUAUGACUACUUUAAUGAGCAGAAAUAUGCAGAUGCAGUAAAAAAUUUCUUAGAUUUGAUUUCAUCCUCUGGAAGAAGAGAUCACAAGAGAAUAGAACAGCCAAUAUUACUAAAAGAAGGGUUCAUGAUCAAAAGGGCACAAGGUAGGAAACGAUUUGGUAUGAAGAACUUCAAGAGGAGAUGGUUUCGACUCACUAACCAUGAAUUUACAUAUCAGAAAAGCAAAGGCGAUCAUCCUCUGUGCAGCAUUCCAAUUGAAAACAUUUUGGCAGUAGAAAAAUUGGAAGAGGAGUCCUUCAAAAUGAAAAAUAUGUUCCAAGUGAUUCAGCCUGAAAGAGUCUUGUACAUCCAAGCAAAUAACUGUGUUGAGGCAAAGGACUGGAUUGAUAUCCUCACCAAAGUUAGCCAGUGUAAUAAGAAACGCCUCACGGUCUACCACCCUUCUGCGUACCUUAAUGGGCACUGGCUGUGCUGCAAAGCUACAGCAGAUAAUACUCCUGGCUGUACUCCCUGCACUGGGGGCCUGCCAGCAAAUAUACAAUUAGACAUAGAUGGAGACAGAGAAACGGAACGCAUCUAUUCAUUAUUCAAUUUGUAUAUGGCUAAACUGGAAAAAAUGCAAGAGGCUUGCGGCAGCAAAUCUGUAUAUGAUGGGCCAGAACAGGAAGAAUAUUCUACUUUUGUCAUCGAUGACCCUCAGGAGACCUACAAGACACUAAAACAGAUUGUAACAAAUGUUAAAACCUUAGAGCAGGAACAUGCCCAGUACAAGAGGGAUAAGUUCAAGAAAACAAAAUAUGGAAGCCAGGAACAUCCUAUUGGUGACAAGAGCUUCCAGAGUUACAUAAGGCAGCAGUCAGAAAUCUCAGCACAUUCCAUUUGAAGUUUGAAGAAAGUUGCAAGAUGCUACUGCUGAAGGAUUGAAUUGAAAAAAAGAAAGCAAGAGAAAAGCCACUGGUAACAAGAUACACAUAACAAGUGUCAAGCUUGCAGAGACUUGCUAAGUGUUUUUUCUCUCUCCAGGGACUAUUACAAUAGUUGCUAUGCACUUUAUUCAUCUGAUGUUAACAGAUGAAGGAAUUCUGUCUUCUGGGCAGUUUUUGUCAUACAUGUUGUGUUAAAUUUUUAAGGUGUUGCUCUGGUUUCUUGGAAUCUAGUGAUCAGUUCAAUGAUCAAGGUUUGUGGACUUCAUAUGGACAACUUCCACAAAACUUUUCAUGGUUCAGAGCAUUUUUCUAGAUUUCUUAUUUUUGGUUGCUGACUACUUUUGUGCUAUGCCACACAGAAAUUAGGGAAGGCUUUACAGCACCUGCUUUUAGUAGAAAGAAGCCUGUAUAGUUUCUGGCAUAAUCUCCUUAUACUGCAGCUUGCAUUACCAUUGGCAGGCUGAAAAGUAAGGUGUUUCGGUUUUAGCAUCAGCAGCACAGUAUUUGGUUAAGAGCUGGCUUUUAAAGAGAAAUUCUAGUAUUUAAUGGUACUCCUUGAUGCUUUUGAGAUAUAAAGUUGUUUCCACCAAGGCAUUAAGUCAACUUCUAUUUUUUGCUAUAAAGUGGUGCCAUGAAACCAAAUAAUGCAACUUAAAAGCAAAUAAAGAAAAUGUAUAUAGUGCAUAUGGUGAUUAGUCACAGAAUGGUUGGUUUGGAUAUCUGAAUUUUAUUGGAUUUCUGCUGUUCUAAGGGCCACUUCAAAUGCAACCCAUUUUCUACAUCAAUAAUAUUUCCAUGUAGGAAAAACACAUUUGUACCAUGAGCAGUUUGUCCUGUGCAAUGAGAGCACAUGCUCCCGUUUGCAUGUACAUAGAGUAGAAAGCGGAGGUAAAACAAGCAGGUGAAAAUGGAUUUACUUUGUAGCACUGUAGUCCCAAAUCAUUUUGAACCUCAUCAGGUUCUUCCUCAGGGAAAUGUUAAAAGCUAGAAACUGCUGUAUUCUCUCAUAAUAUCUAUUCUAGAGAGGUUGACUGCUGCACACCAGAUACCAAUGCAUUUCAGAUAGAAAUGGACAAAAGUCAAGUUGAUUCUUGCACAAUUAUUCUCUCUACACAUGGUUUGCAUGACCUACACAGAAGUAUUAUCCAUGUAGGAAAACAACAUUCCAUAUGAAGCAGGCUGAAGGACAGAGCUGUAAUUUAAGAGUUACUUGUUAUGACUGGGGAAUAGUGCUGCCUUAAUUCUGCAAGAGAAGUAUGCUGGGAGAAGGACUUGUCAGCAUUAUAUGCAUGUAGAGUCCUUAAACAAAAAGUUGUGAAUGCUUUUUGUACUGAAUGAUGUUUAAAACUGAAAUUCAUGUUCUCCUAGCACUACUUGAUUGUCUGGGAUGAGAGCUCUGAAACAAGUGUUUCAGAAGUUGUGAAGCAAAAGAAUAGUGUGUGUGUGGUGUUUGUUUUUUUAAUUCAUUAACACACAGCUAUACCUUGCUAAUAUGAGCACAGAUGAAGUGGAAUGAGCUGUGUACCUCAUAAAUGCAAAUAAAUGUUGUUAAGGAGGAGUACUGAAGAGGCGUGGGUGUGUCUUUGUGUGUGCGUGUGUGAUAUAUAUAGAUAUACAGAUACAUAUAAUGGCUUAGACCCAGGCUACAUUGGUGGCACUUAGGUUCUAUUGAAAUGUGAAAACUUGGUCAUGAUGACUGUCUUAUAUCCCAUGGAUUACAGUUGACCUAGGUAUGACUAACAGUCUGGAUCCAAACUGCUAUGUGUAUGCAUAUAUCCAUAUAGAUAUUUAUACACAUAGGCAUUAUAUAUAUUGUGUAUUUCGCUGUUUAACUGUCGUAGCCCGUUUUAAAGAGUCUGCUUCAGUGCAUGUUGGGCUUUGAUGAAAGCCUAAGUAAUGUGACAGAAGUUACGGGAUGAGUGGGGACUAUUUUUGGACCAUAAUUAAUGAGCUUUCAGCUUGAUGUGAAGAUUCUGUGCCACAGCAUAAUAGUGUUUCCAAAUAAAUCUUUAGUGUCCUCCAGGCAUUGGAAGCAUAAAAGAAAUAUUGAAAGGAAAUGUCUGCAAUCCAGCCCCACAAACCUUAAAUCCCAUUUAAAAAGUGAGGUCUUUUAUACAGUCUCUAUUUUUAGCAAUUACAAAUUGUUGUUGUUUCUUAGCAUUAGAUUAUAUUAGAAGGCUACAAGAUGAGAAAUGAUAUCCUGUCAUUUGCCAACAAGAUAGUUGGGAAAGAACUGUACAAAUAUGCUGCGAACUGCCAUUUGAAUGCCAGUUUUUUUAAGUAUUUGUAACUUAAUAGUCUUUUAAUUAAAUACUAAUGACUUGCAAUGUGUGUUCUAUUUGCCAAUUAAAAGAAGUGUUUUAUUUCUGAAAA